UUUUUGCCUUGCGAAAUUCCACCCGCCGAUCAGUUGGUCAUCAGAGUUGGAAGUGAGCGAACGUGUCCAAAGGAAAAACUAAAAACCUGACUGUGAAUCAAAGCGCCCUAGACAAAAGAAAAAAAAGCCACAGAAACCAGUAAAAAUGGAUCACGUUAUGGAUAAGGAAAAUAUUUCUGAAAAAUUGGAAUCUACAAAUCUCAGAAGUCCGAGGAAGGCACUCUCGGAGACUUCUUCCAACAUCUCGAAAGUGACCGGAAAUGACGAUGUCAGCAAGGCGGAAGAUGUGACCAAGGCGGUGGCUAAAUCGUCUACCAAAUUUGACCCAGAAUUGGAGCCCUUGCUCAGGGAGAAUCCCAGGAGAUUCGUGGUAUUUCCAAUUCAGUACCAUGACAUCUGGGAGAUGUACAAACAAGCUGAAGCGUCCUUCUGGACGGUGGAGGAGGUGGAUCUGUCCCGUGAUAUUGAUCACUGGAAUGCACUGAAGGAUUGUGAGAGGAAGUUCAUUUCCCACGUGUUGGCUUUCUUCGCUGCUUCCGAUGGGAUUGUCAAUGAGAAUCUGGUGGAGCGCUUCAGUCAGGAGGUUCAGAUAACCGAGGCUAGAUUCUUCUAUGGCUUUCAGAUUGCCAUGGAGAAUGUGCACAGUGAGAUGUACAGUCUGUUGAUUGACACGUACAUCCGGGAUCCUCAAGAGAAAGAGUUCCUGUUCAAUGCCAUCGAGACGCUGCCCUGUGUCAAGAAGAAAGCAGAUUGGGCUCUACAGUGGAUUGCCAGUCAGGAAGCUAACUUUGGGGAGCGUGUGAUUGCCUUUGCAGCUGUUGAGGGUAUUUUCUUCAGCGGAAGCUUCGCUUCAAUCUUCUGGCUCAAAUCACGUGGCAUCAUGCCCGGACUCACAUUCUCGAACGAGCUGAUCUCUCGCGAUGAAGGUUUGCACUGUGACUUUGCCUGUUUGAUGUUCAAGCAUCUGGUGCAGAAGCCCUCCAAGGAGCGCAUCAUCGAAAUCAUCCGUGAAGCUGUGACAAUUGAACAGGAAUUCCUCACUGAUGCCCUUCCAGUGGAUAUGCUGGGCAUGAAUUGUCAGCUAAUGUCCCAGUACAUUGAAUUUGUAGCCGAUCGGCUACUUGUGGAACUCGGAGUUGACAAGAUCUACAACUCGAAGAAUCCCUUCAGCUUCAUGGAAUUCAUCUCCCUCGAAGGCAAGACGAACUUCUUCGAGAAGAAAGUGGGAGAGUAUCAGAAAGCUGGCGUCAUGGCUGAUCGCAUGGACAAUGUCUUCACAAUGGACGCAGAUUUCUAAUUUCUACAAAUCUCAGAUUAAUUUAGUGAUUUUUUUUUAAUAAAAUCCCCAAGUGUAAGAUUCCCCCCAUAUUUUUCAUCUAUCAUUCAGUGUGGCUAUCACACAAUAUUUGUGCAUUCAUUACUCUGGAGAGGAGACUUUUUUAUAUAUAAAAUAAAGUUGAAAAGAUGAAA